UUUCCAGAGUUAAAUUUUGAAGUCUAAGAAAUUAAAAAUAUGAGUAUGAAUUAAUAAAACUAAUGAGUGUAACAAGUGGUUUAUUUUUUUGCUUCAAAAAUUGAGUCAUAUUAGAUAAGGUUGUAAGAGCAUAAUUGAGUUACAUUAAUAGUCUUAUUAAAUAUUUAAAACAAAUAAUCUGUAGUAUAUAUCUAUAUUUGAAAAAAAUUGUUCAAUAUUGUUGAAGAAGGAUACGCAAUGAUGUAUUACAUUUAUUUACAGGAAUCUGAAUUGUUAGUUACUUGAACAUCUGUAUUCAUUUAUGAACAAUUUUUAUUUAAUUAAUUAAAAAGUAGGACUAGUAUUUGUUAGUGCUUCUUGCCCCUCUUCUGCACAUCCACAAAGAAAUCUAAAACACAUAUGUAACCUCCUCCGUUGAUAUUUUCCUAACCUAAAAAUAACCCUGUGUUUAUACUUACUUAACCUAAAAAAUCUGAAAAUAAACAACAAAGGAAAAUACUCCAAUAUUCAUAUUGAAAUAAAAAAUUGUAGUACCAACUUAUGAUUUUAUCAUAUAUAUACAACAUCCUAAAGUUUAAAAAAUGGAAAUUACUAUUCUUCGUAAUAAUAUUCAUUAUUUUCAAAUGGUCCAAAAUCAUAACUUUCCAACCAAACAUAAAUUACUUGACAGAAUUACAUAAAUGUCCAGCUUGUUUUGGUACUUCAGCAUGCAAUUACAUCCACAAAGUGGAUAUCACACCAUACGAUUUCUAUUCAACCUUUUCUUACCUCUUCGGAGUGAAAAAUGUAUUCUUUGGAUUUUUUAUCAACAAUAAGGUUAUAUUAAAGAAGUUGGCGCAUUCAUCUGAAUUGAAUGACUUUGACCGAAUGCUCUGCGAAAAUGAAAACUUUGGCCAUAUUUGUGAAAAGAAUCUAAAGAAUGUAAAUAAUAAAACUAGUAUAGAUUUCUAUGAAUUGAUCGUGCGAGAAGUUACCUUGGAUUUUGCGAAAGAUAACUUGGUUCGCUUGAGACUCUGUCCGAAUGCUCAACAUUUGCGGAAUCUGUUAGAGUACGUAUAUGUGAACAACGAGCAGGUUGAUUUGAAAACACUCGAAAUAAAUAUUUGGAUGUCAAUAAUUCUGAAUCCUGAGCCUCUUCUUUUGCAGAUACUCCCUGCAAACAAUAAUUGGCCAGUACCAAAAUAUUUGGGUGCAUGUGGACGUAUUGUAAUUGAAGAAUAUGUUGGAUCACCACUGACGGCUUACUACAACAAAUCAUGGUUGCUUAGAGCCAAAAUAGCUUCAAGUCUUUUAAAUGCUGCUUACAUGUUCACCUAUAGAAGCAAUGAUUUUGGUUUUUAUUUAACUGAUGUAUCAGCUGAUAACAUAGCAAUCGAUUCAAAUAAUAACGCAAAAUUUGUGGACUUGGAGAAUGUGAUUAUUGUUGAUAAAAAUAGUAUAUAUAAAGAAAAAUCAAUGUGGAAUCAAUUACAAGAAAAUACUGAGAAUUUAAAUUGCACAGAAUGCCUAGCAUAUUCUCCUGCUGAAAUAUGCAAUCACAAGACCAGUGAUCACAAUUAUUAUGCUAUAUGUAAGACAUUAUUAGCAUUAAAUAUAGACGACGGUGUGUUACCUGGUGGUCUUCUGCAUAAUAUACCAACAGAUAUAUUAAAAACGUAUCCAAAUGUGGAAUAUUUAAUAGAACAAUGCAUUACUCCUCGGAAACCAUUCACUAGAAUAAGUGCUGGAAUGCAACUUAAACAGUUACUAGAUACCAUAAUUGAAGAUAAAAAUUAAUAAACAUUAAUGAAAUUGUCAUAUACAUUUAAUGUACACAUUAAAUAAAUUUUUUACAUUUCUA